AUGGAAGUGUCGUGUGCAUUUGUCAUGACUAUUUCUCUUAAUAUUUGGUCUUCUAUACAUUUCGACGAUGUCCAUUUAUCGUCGUUCUCCAUGGCCGAUGACUUCUUGACAUCCUCGAAGUCGUUCGCCCGCUCAGUGACUCGCGUUCGGAAUUCACUGGCAAAAUUCUCGCUCCUUGGCACCAUUGGUCAACAACGUUUCGCAGUUUUCAGCAGGCAUACUCUACCUUGGGCACAGGCCAUACCGCCCAGCACUGGCAACAAUAUCCGGGUUAGGGAACACACAGCCGACGGGCUUCCUUGUGUUCCUCCUUUCAUCAGGUGA